UGUUGAUAAAAAGAAUCCGGAAGCGCUUCAACAAUGAAAUACUCUAUAAAGAAACCAUAGUUGUUAAAAAUUAAAUUCCAAAUUCUAGGUCUUGUUUGAAUAUUGUAAGCAUGAUUUUAAUGCAGAGAUUUCAGCUGUACUGAAAUGUUUUAUGAAUGAAUCAUACAUAAAAUACAAUGCGACUCCUACCACCAUACCAUUCAUGCAUUUGCUUUCUACAACAACGUCCAGUCGACGUCGUUGACGCUUCUAGACGAAUGAUCACGAUGGAUGCAGAUGUGAAAGGCAAGGGAAUAUUUUGCGACAAAUGUGAUGUUUACAUUCCAAAUGAAGCAUCAUUAGCUGGACAUUUGAAAGGCAAAAAGCAUGUUAAAAAUAUUGAAAGAAUACAGAAAUUGGAAUCAGAGGCGAAAAGAUCAUUGUACAUAACAGGAUUCUCUACAUGUCCUCAAGCAAUAGAAUUAUCUCUUGCUGAUUAUUUCUCAAAAUAUGGAUCAAUUGCAAAGAUAACAAUGGAUAAAAAUAAUAAUCGCUUUGCCAUUCUCGAAUUCAGUGAAGUUGAUUCAGUGAAAAAAGUGUUGCAAGUAAAAGAACAUUUUCUAGGAUCAAAAUCCAUUAUUGUUAAACCAAGGGAAGUCAAGUUACCAACAUCAAAAAGAUCAAAUUUUGAGCAACGUCACAUUGUACAUACACAGAUGCAUCCUGAUGUUUGGAAAGCUCUUAUGGAUGCAGAUGAUGUGGCUGCACAAUUUAUAGUGCUACAAAAUAAACUUUCAUUAACUGUGGAAGAUAAGCAUCUGAGAAAUCUCAUUUGUAAAUUACUGGAAACUGCAUUUGAAGAAGUUUUUACACACUGUGAAAUUCAACCUUUCGGAUCAUCAGUGAAUGGAUUUGGGGUUCACGGCUGUGAUUUAGAUCUCAAUUUUAAAUAUGAAUCUCUAAAUUAUGAUGCUGCAAUUCAAUUUUUACCAGAAGAUUCAGAAGAAAAACCAAACUUAGAAGAAAAUCAGAAUAAAUCUGAGACAUUAAAUGUCAAACAAAUACUCUCUGUAAUUGCUGGCAUCAUAAGACAAUGUGUUCCAGACUGCAAUCAGGUCAAAGCAAUAUUGACUGCAAGACGUCCAGUUGUGAAAUUCGAUCACAAGUCAUCUGGAAUGUGUUGUGAUAUCUCUAUUGGAAAUUCUUUGGCUGUUAGAAAUACUUCAUUUCUAAGGCUUUUAAGCGAUAAAGUUCCAUAUCUUGCUUCUCUAGUGCAAGCAAUCAGGUUAUGGAUGAAACAUUGGAAACUAGCAGGUUCCAACCAAUCUGCAAGGUCAAUGCUAAACAAUUAUGCCGUCACAUUACUUGUAUUGUUCUACCUCUAUCAGAAGAAGGAAAUUUACACAUUGGAAGAAAUUCGUUCUAUGGAUGAGAAUUUACAAUCUUGUGUUAUUGAAACUUGGGAUUGUAGUUUUCCAAAUACUAGUUUCCUAACAAGCGAUAAAGAAUCCUACUCUCUACCUGAACUUUUUGCUGGUUUUUUUCAUUUCUAUACUAAGUUUGAAUUUUCGAAGAAUAUUCUCUGUCUGAAAUCAGGAACAUGUAUAAAGGUAGAUGAAUUUAAAUCAGAAAACGGAAAAAGCUCACCAAAAUACACAGAACCAUCGAAGCGAUGCUUCAAAGUUGGUGCUCUUAAUAUACGUGAUCCCUUCGAACUGAAUCAUAAUGUUGCUGGAAAUGUGGGUCAAAAACAUGUCUUGAUGUUUAUAAAAUGUAUCAGAAAUUCAGUUGUUGCUUGUGGUAUGAAAUUGUUCACAAAGAAACAACGUGAAGCAAAUAACAGAGAACCUUGGGGUAUUUUAAAUCUUUUUGUUGACCAUCACAAUAAGAAAUCAUCUGAUAUUAAUCCAAGAAAAAUUUCAUUUCUUGAUAAGACUGAUUUAACGAUCAAACUGAAAAGUAAAAACGAAGAUAAAUCAUGUAUGGAUCUGGCAUCAUUGGUAUUAACAAUCUUAACUGAAGUAUUUUUUAUUCAAUUUGACCUUGAUAAUGACAUUGAGAUCAAUCAAACUGAAGUUUCUGUUAUUACCGAUUCGUCAAGUACAGCAAUACACACAAAGUAUAGUUCAGAAGCUGGAUCUGCUGUAUGUCAUACCAUAAGCCCAGAAUCUAGAAAAAGGCAUCACGAAGACAGUCCAGUGUCCCACAAACGUGCUAAAAUUGUAGUAACUACCCCAGAAGCUUUGAAUUUGAAAACAAAAGCAUCUAAGCAUGGUACUGAUUUUGAAUAUAACCUACCUGUAACAUUCGAAUGUGAAUCGAAGUAUCGUGUUUGGGAAGGCCGAAGAAAAGCAAGAAGGCAUUUGGUACAACCUGGUAUGGGGGAUUUACUUGAUCUCGAAAGGCAGAUUUCGAAACUGUUAGUUUCUGAGUCUACAGUCACGAGUGAUACAUCCUGUCCUACAAACGGUGGAACUCAAACCACAAGCAUCAAAGAUUCUGUUAAAACCAACUUUCAUUUCAAGCUCUGCAUGUAUGAAUCAGGGAGUGAUAUUCUACAUCUUGAUUUCAGAUAUUUGCCAUUUGAUAAUAAGGCGACUGCUCGAAACCCAGAGCAAGAUUUCAAUAACUUUUUUCAUCAUCUGGAAAUUUCUCUUCCAAUUAUUGUUGCCAAAUGUUUGAAAGUCUAGCCAAAUGUACUACAUUGUAUUGAUAAAUCACUCGCAUUGCUAUUGUUUUAAUAAUAGCUCAGGUGAAAUGAAAUUGAAGGAAUGUGUGGGUGUCGUUAUGAAUAACUAUUACAUUGAUUUGUUGGUACUGGGGCCUGCUUUGGUAUCUAGCUUUAAUUUGAGCCAUUUGGGUGGGAUGAAUAGUUCUAUGUGCUAGAUUGGUCCCUCUGUAAGUGAUUUUUUUAGUAUUUGCGUUGAAUAGACUUCCUCUGUUUGUCGCAAGUACAAUUUGCGGUAAUUAUUUUUACUUUCAUACAUGAAUUGAGUUCCAAAAAUUUUUUUGGUAUGUGGUGUUUUUUGUAUUCCCGGGAUAACCGUCAGAAUAUUGGCUUUUUAAAAUAAAGCAACUGGUGUGUUAUCUGAUCACAAAGCAAGGAUUUGAUGUUUUAUUGUUUAGUACUACAAAAUACCACUUUUUUUA